AUGGGAUUAUUAUUUCGACCCCAUACGUAUCACCGGCUUUUCAGAAAACGUAUUGGAAUAUGUUUUAAAAGAACCUGCCAUGCAGCUCCAAAGAAAGAGAACAAUUUAGAUUUGCUAAAUUCCUUUAACCAGGAUAUUAAAACAGGUGGGGUCAUACCAGUUUUCCGUAGAGCACUUUUGUUCCCAUCCAGAGUCGCAGUCCAAGAUGACUCUGGAACAUUUACCUAUGCUGGACUAUAUCAUGCGGCAAACGAUCUUAGUAGGGACAUUGCAGCACAGCUAUUGGGUGAAACAGAAAGGACUAUUGGAUACCUGUGUGGCAACAAUGUUUCACAUGUCAUUACACAGUGGGCAAUUUGGAUGACAGGAAAUAUAGCUGUUCCAUUAACACCUAUACACCCACCAGAAAUGUUAAAAUACUUCAUAACCGAUAGUGAUGCUGGUCUAGUCAUAUGUACAAAGGAACAUGAAAAUUUACUUAGACCAGUCACAUCUGAACUUUCAAAGCCAUUAUUAGUGUCAGAUCGAGAUAAGGAUAAAGAUGAAAUACCAAAGCACUGGAAACCAGAGACUGGUCUAGGGGAAACAGGACCAACAAAUUUAUGGUAUGGUGGAAAAGAUGCUAUGCUGAUUUAUACUAGUGGCACAACCAGCAAACCAAAAGGGGUAGUCUGGACGCACAGGAUGCUGGCAACCCAGAUUGCAGCUUUACAUAGUGCAUGGCAAUAUUCUGCAAGCGAUGUUGUGUUACACACGUUGCCACUGCAUCAUAUACAUGGACAGCUCAAUUCCUUGAAUGCCACAUUAGCUGCUGGGGCCAGAAUUCGUAUGCUGCCGUCGUUCACGUCACACACUGUCUGGUCCCAUCUUCUGGGCAAAGGAUCCGAAGAAGCCCGUAUCUCGGUGUUCCACGGAGUGCCGGCCAUGUACGCGCGAUUGGCGGCCGACCACUCCGCUCUGUUCACGGACAAUAACACCGUGGAGUACGUCCGGAACACCUUGAGUAAGAUGAGACUGAUGUGUGCUGGAUCGGCCCCUCUGCCCGAGACGCUGUUCAAUAAGUGGGAGGAGAUCUCCGGCCUUCGCUUACUCGAGCGCUACGGUAUGUCCGAAGUGGGAAUGGCCCUGAGCAACCCGUACCGACCCCUAGAGAAGAGGCGAGUGGGUUGCGUCGGAACACCGCUCCCCGGGGUGUCGGCCCGGAUCGUGGCCCCGCGGGACGAGGACCUCGAGCCUUUGGUCACGGUGGAGAGUCGAGCACCAGACUUACAGAUAUCACUGGAGAGACUAGGUAUAGCCGGGAGCCUCCUGGAAAACGAGGACAGGGGAGAAGCGAAAGUGACCGUGCACGAGGAAGCCGAUGGCGCUUUUGAAGGCGAAUUACUUCUGAAGGGACCCAACGUGUUUACCAGAUAUUGGAACCGAGCGCCGACCCUAGACGGCGCCGACUUCACGAGAGACGGCUGGUUCCGAACGGGAGACGUGGCGUCCUUCUCGGACGGGUCGUUUAAAAUUCUCGGCCGGUCUUCCGUGGACAUCAUCAAAACGGGGGGUUACAAGGUGAGCGCCGUGCAAGUGGAGUCGGCCGUUUUGGAACACCCCAGCGUGGCGGACGUGGCGGUUCUGGGGAUCGAGGACGACAGCUACGGGGAGAUCGUCUCGGCCGUGGUCCAGUUGAAAGAGAACGAGAGCGUGUCGCUCCAACAGUUGAAGGACGUCGUCGGAAAGAAGUUGGCUCCUUACCAGUUGCCCAGGACCAUGUUGACGGUUGAGAAAAUGCCGAGAAACGCGAUGGGGAAGCUGGACAAGAAGGAGAUCAGGCGACUCUUCGCGAAAGAUUUGGUUUUUAAGAGAUCCUAG